AUGAAGUUCCUCCAGAUAACCCUGCUCCUUUGUAUCUCCUCCUUGGUCGCCGCCGUUCCGCCCUUGUCUCCGGCCACGGAUCUCUCAGUCCGCGACGCCUCCCCCCUGGACUCCUUCGGCCAUCUCGAGAAGCGCAAAGGUGGCGGCGGUGGUAAAGGAGGCGGUGGGGGCGGCAGCUCCUCUGGCGGAUCCAGCGGCGGACGCAGCGGUUCUGGCUCUUCCUCGGGCAGCUCAGGCGGCUCCUCAACAAGACCAAACGGAGUGCCAUACUCCUUCUCCUCCUCCUCCAACGCAGGCGGUCGCACGCGCGACGGGUCGGGCACACCCAAGGCAUACGGCGGCAGAUACACGGGAGGUGCGGUGGUGCCGUACACAGCCGGUCGACGCUCGCCGACGCUGGGCGUUGCGCCGUUCUUCAUCGGUGCAGGUGCACUCGCCUUCUUCCCUGGCCUGUGGCUGUAUGGCGCUGUGUGGGCGUACCCCUACGGCAUCCCGUACCACUGGACCGACAACGACGGGCACAACCGCACCUCGAACGUGACGUGCCUGUGUCAACAAUACCAGGUCUGCGGCUGCGACCCCAGCGACAACUCGACGUUCCUGACCCAGGUCGUCACCAACGGCAGCACCACGCCCGUCGCUCCUGUCAACACCAGCACCGUCAGGACCGUCACCUUCGACAACGGCACCACCAGCACGUACAUCAACGGCAGCCUAGCGAACGGCACCACCGCCAGUGGAGGUACUGAUCCCAGCGACCCCUCCCAGGUCUCUGCCACCGUCCGGACGAUCGUCGAGUUGAGCGGCUAUUGGGUGAUGCUUGUUAUUGUGGGCUGGGGCAUGUGGAUGGCUGCCUAG